AUGGGGCUGGAAAUCCUCAGCAACGGCACGUCGCCGGCCCCGAUGUCAGUUGUCUGUUUUGGGCAUCCUUUGCUGGACAUGAUGGCGACCGUUGAAAACGAGUUCUUGCGUGAGCAUAACGUCGACCCAGGGAGCGUCACACUGGCGGCGCCGGAGCAGCUUGUUGUUUUCUCGAAGCUGCUGGAUGAGUUCAAAGGUGAGGUGGAAUACGUCCCCGGUGGGGCCGCCAUGAACACGGCGCGUGCUUUGGCUUGGGUGCUGCCUGAUGCGCGCAUCGCCUACGUGGGUGCACUGGGCAAGGAUCGCUUCGCCGAAAUCCUGAAGAGCGCGCUCGCCAACGCUGGAGUCGAGCAGCUGUUCGAGGAGUGCGAAGAGAAACCGACGGGCACCUGUGCUGGCCUCGUGGUGCAGAAGGAUCGAACGUUGCUCGCCAACCUCGGCGCGGCCGUGACGUUGUCGAUGAUGCACAUUCAAACGGACGCCGUGCAAUCUGCCAUUGAGAAGGCCAGUUUGUUCUACGCGGAGGGCUUCUUUCUCAACACCGCCUCCAGCCCUUACAAUCUUCUCUGCGUUGCUCAGCACGCCCACCUGCACGGAAAGCUUUUCUGCUUCAACCUGAACGCGCCGUACAUUAGCAUUGCGUUUCGGAGCCGCCUACAUGUUCUCUUGCCUCAUGUGGAUAUCCUCUUCGGCAGCGACGAAGAUUUACUGACGUACGCUUCUGUGCAGUGGCCGCACGACUUUGACCUGAGCAACCUCGGCACUGUCAUGCACGCUAAUUCGCGGCGCCAUGAGGCACUCGUGCGGUGUCUCGCGCGCAUCUCCAUGCUGCCGAGAGUCACUUCCGCCAAGCCACGACUAGUGGUGGGGACCUGUGGGUCGCACGACACGUACGUCGCAUGCGGCGACCACGUCCGUUCCUAUCCAGUGCCGCCGAUGGCACUGGAGGAUAUCGUUGAUGUGAACGGCGCUGGUGACGCGUUCGUGGCGGGCUUCCUGGCUCAAUACAUCGUGAGCCGUGACGAAUCUGCUAGCGUCGUGGUCGGUCAUGCUUCGGCACAGAACUGCAUCCGUCAUAACGGUGCCGUUGUGCGUGGUGUGCCCCCGGCACUUACGCGCCGGAUCAGCUGCACGACAGAGCCUGUCAUGACCGCGAACUCCGCUUGA